GGCGGAGACCCCAGAACUGACAGCUUGGUGAUUGAUUCAUUACCUAAUCGGCACAGUAAUCUUAAAUUGAGAAGAAAAACUGUUUGCAAUUAGAAGAGUCUUUAUGUUGUUUUCUACGAAAGCAAAAAAGAGCUCCCCUCCCAUGAAAGCACGGUAUCAUGAUAACUAGUACAACGAGUUGAGUCUACAACUAAGAAAGCCCAAGAAACUGCAAGGAGAAGGUGAGAACAACAAAAUGAGAAACUUGCUCUCUGGUAUCGCCUUGUGGACGCGGUCUCAGGAUUUCCGACCCGAAUUUUUUCAUCGUCAGGAUGAAAGUGCAGACGAGCGGUUUUACAGCCAAGAACGCAUAGUAGAGCAUAUCGACAAACCCGCUAUAGCCGCGACUGUAACGUACUACCGGCAGAGCAUUCUCGAUAUCGCCUUGGGAAAUAUACUUUCAGGACGAGCAGAGAAUACUGGAGAUACCAAAAUCUUUCGGAUAUUAGACCUUUGCUCGUCAUGGAUUUCGCAUCUGCCAACAGAUCUUGAAAAAGUUAUGAAUGGAGUUCUUCCUGGGAGGACGAGGUGCGUUGUCGAGCGAGUUUCCAUUGCACUUCGAAGUUUAAAGCUAACAUGUUGGCGAGGUCUUUAGCGACGAAAAGGAAGUAGUUCUCGUGACGGAAACGCUAUGCUGAAGUAUCUAUAAGUAGGUUCCGUAGUCCAUCUUGACAAAAGUCUCGAGUUCCGCCAAAAGCGCGCGGGCGGAACCAGGUCAGGUCUAAGAUUCAGGGAAUCGCACUCGAGGUUACCGGACUGGGGAUGAACCAAAAGGAACUGGACUUGAAUCAGGUGCUUGAUCGCAGAGUUCGGCAGAACUUAAACGUGAACCCAAUAUUACCAUUAUGGCUUUCUUCUUACUGAGUUCAUUACAUUGUUUGGGUACAAAGAUAUACUCCUUAUUUGGGUGCAGGUACUCAGGUACUAUAUUUUUAACGGAUGGACGAAGUCGUCAGCGUACAUAUUGCGUCAAGAUGAAAAAGCAUGUAGUGAUGCGCUAAACUCAUUCUAUGUUUGAAUUUGAAAAAGAAGUAGGGAAGUAUACUUCCUUGCACAACAGUACUAUGCAUUAUACACGGAUAUGAGGGACUUCCUCGAAGAGCUUUUCUAAUUAUGUUUCCUGCAGAAUCCUUUGACUUGGUGUUGAACUCAGUCUCUGUCGAUUACCUCACGCGGCCUUUAGAGGUGUUUCCGGAAAUCAAGCGCGUGCUUCGACCGGGCGGGCGUAGUGUGAACGUUUUUUCCAAUCGUUUUUUUCCGACCAAGGUGAUAGAUUUUUGGUUGCGCAGCGACGAUCUCAGCCAUUGCAAGCUCGCCGGGAGUUACUUCGCUGCAACUUCGGAAGCCACCAGUAGUAAUUAUGUCGAAGUGACUGAAAAGAUUACGAUUUAGAGUAUUCCCCCAGUGAGAAGUGAUACCAUCGUAGGGUAGUCGUGUAGUGGUAGUCAUUCUGAAUCUAUAAUGGGAGCGACUUCCUUCGAAAGCUUGUUAGCGCUACUAGUCGAGUUGGGAACGACAGACGGAAAUAUUUCUAUCUAAAUCUACGGCUCGAGCUGGACUGAUAUUGCUGCCUACGACAUAUCACCUAACCCAGGCCAAUCCGAUCCGCUUUUUGCAGUACAAGCGACGAAAGAUGUCUUGAAAAAACGCGAUGACGAGCUAUGACAACAGGAAAGAACAACAAAGCUGGUCGACUUAUGGUGAGCGGGCGGGGUUGAAGAUAACAUAUAGCAGAUCAUCAUGGACGAUAAAAUUUACUUUGAAAAACGUGAUUUCUCGCACUAGGUUACUUUUGCUUCACGCUCUAGAUCUAGGUUUCCGUGUACAACACUAGAACCCUGUUCUAACAAAAGCUGUGAGAAGUUUAUGCAGGCUCGUUCUUAGAUCCACAUCCAUCUGCUCAGAAGGUUCCACGUUAGGGAGGAUGAUUGAAGAUCUGAGUUUGAAACAAAAAAUGACACAUGAGAUCAGAUGUGGUAGGAUAUCUAAAGUUGCUUUUAGAAGAUCUUGUGAGAUGAAAUAGGAGUUCCGCUCUCCGAAGAUUGAUCUCAAAACGUGCAGUGAUGCCAGAUGAUAU